ACUUUAGCCUCCACAAGAAGUGAAUUCAUUCAAGGGGAAGUAAAUACAUUUAGGGGAAGAAAACCAUUGACGUUGUUUAAAAAUAGAUCUGGAAACCCCCGAACUGUUGAGGAAUAUUUCCAUUCAACUUCCUAUUGUGUGUGUUAAUGUGUUGUGUUGAUGUGUUGUGUUGAUGUGUUGUGUUGGUGUGUUGUCUGCCCACUUGAUCAUCACACGACACGACACAACUGAGCUAUGAGUGAAAACACAAACUUCGCGUCUGGAAGCCGGACACCCUAUGGGGCCGUGCAAGGCUCGAUCUAUCCAAGUGUAGGGCAACAUGCAGGUGCUAGCCAGUCAAACACUAAAGCAACUCAUGAUGCAAGUGUACCGCCGCUAGAACAAAUGGAUAAAAUCCCCGGAUAUGCCGCCGUAGGAUUUGAUGAAGGAAUGUUUCUGGCGCCCCCCUCUCAACAGCCACGGCUGGACGAGGCGUCACCCCAGCAGGACCAGAGACCCAGGAGCACUUUCAACUACACACCAUUGACCAGAGAGCAAGCAAGGGAGGCUAUCAUACAUUAUGCCGCUGAUCACUGUUGCUAUGGCAACAAUCCAGCUGUUAAAAUGGAGUUUACCAACAUGGCGUCAACAAGUUCUUUUCAUUACACCCUGGAAACCUUUGGCGAGAGCAGGUCAACCAAGUGGACCAGCCAUCCCUACCUGGGGGAGGGGCUGGUGGUUACUGGACCCCCACCUGGACCCUGGGACGUCAUGGUGGCGCCCCCUGUCAUGUUUCAGAAAAAUAAAAAGAAGAUUGAAGUUCCCAACACAGCCUCAGUAAAGCCAUGCCACAACUGUAACGGCAGGGGAAAUAAAUCGUGUGGCUUUUGUCAGAGCAGCGGAAGGAGAAAGUGUCUCACCUGUAAUGGUACGGGCAGAAGUAGGAUGGAUGCCGGACCCUCACAAUGCAUGAGUUGUCAGGGAGGAUGGACCAAGUGCUACUCUUGUAAUGGUGCCGGCCACAAUGUUUGUACUAAAUGUGAGGGCAGGGGUAACCUCAGAUGGUACAUCCAGCUCACAGUACAAUGGACAAACCAUACUGACCACCACGUCAUAGAGAGGACAGCCCUGCCCAACUCCCUCAUCACCCGUGUGACUGGACUUGUGGCGUUUGAAGAAUCCCUGCCCAGGGUGUCACCUGUCAGCCACUUCCUGGAGACAGAGAUCAAUACAGCGUCACACGCGCUCGUCAACAAACAUGCAUGCAGCUUCCCCACGGAGAGGAUUUUGAUGCAGCGUCACGUGGUUCAAAUUGUUCCAGUCACUGAGGUGAGCUUCACCUAUGAAGACAUGAUGUCAUCUUUUUUUGUUUAUGGAAAUGAACAUAAAGUCUAUGCACCCAACUACCCUGAGCAAUGCUGCUGUGGAUGUUCAGUGCUGUAAGGCUGGAUGUGUUGUUUACUUUAGCAAUACCACCCCAGCUGACCAAGUAGCUUGUACAUGCUCUAGUCCAUCAAUGACCUGGACUAGUUUUGUUUUAAACAUUUUAAUUUUAGUCACACCAUUGUAAAGUUGCUUAAUCAUUGCGCCCCUGACUUUCUAGCCUUACUUCUCAUGUCUUCCUUGUAGCUCCCUGUUCCAAUAGAACUUUGUUUUGGAUACAAAAUUUUCUCCUUGCAUACAUUUAUUUUCUGGGUAUAAAAGCCACAUUUCCUUCAAAUACAUAAAAACUAUGUUUAUUAAUGUGUUGUUGUAAUUAUA